UGAUAUCACAAGCAUAUAAAGUAACGUGACAUUAAUCAUUAUAUAACAUGAAGUCCUAUUGAAUGCUCCCUUGCUUGUUCAACACCCAUAUAUCUCUCUUUUCCCUUUUGGCUUAUCAUUCACGAUAUUUACUAAAUUCAUCUAUCAACCAAAAUAUUAUAAUAGUGCUUCAAUUUCAUUGGGGCACAUGAAAAAGUGCCAUAUAUUGCUUACAUGCCACCCUUCUUCACAAAACUUUGUCAUUCAUAUUCCUAUUCCACUCGUCGCAACCGUCACCGUUAAAUUAAUUGAUACUUACAAAUUAUUGUAUAGCUCUAUAAAUUGAAUGUCUUCUACUAAGAAUAAAAAUUCUUCAAACCAACACGUGGUGGAACAAGACAUGGUAUUGUUUGAAACAUUAAGGAAGGUGAAGCGUUUAAGGUUGUUUGAACCGUCUUUGGUUGUUGUUGGAUUUUUCCUAGUACUUGUUUUUACUACAUGCUGUUUCUUCUACUUGGAUUUUAGAGAAGUUGAUGGUAAAUUUGGUAUUAUUUCUGGUCAAUUCAAGAGGUUUACUUGGUCAAAGGAACAAGAACAUAGUAGAGUUGAGUUUCUUGAUGAAAAAGGUGAUGCGUGUGAUUUAUUUGAAGGAAAUUGGGUUUGGGAUGAAAGGUAUCCAUUGUAUCAAUCAAAAGAUUGCAAGUUUCUUGAUUUAGGAUUUAGGUGUUCUGAGAAUGGAAGACCUGAUUUGUUCUACACAAAGUGGAGAUGGCAACCAAAUGAUUGUAACUUGCCCAGAUUCAAUGCAACAAUGAUGUUGGAAAAACUAAGAAACAAACGCAUAGUGUUUGCUGGGGACUCAAUUGGAAGAAACCAAUGGGAAUCACUACUAUGCAUGCUCUCUUCUGAAGUUCCUAACAAGGAAUCAAUCUAUGAAGUAAAUGGUAGUCCAAUUACAAAGCACAAAGGGUUCUUGGUGUUCAAAUUCAAGGAUUUUAACUGUACCAUAGAAUACUAUAGAGCUCCAUUUCUUGUGUUACAAAGCAGACCUCCUAAAGGAAGUGCUAAAAAGAUUAGGACAACCAUAAAACUGGAUCAAAUGGAUUGGAACUCUUGGAAAUGGAGAGAUGCUGAUGUUUUGGUUCUUAACACAGGACAUUGGUGGAAUAAUGAGAAAACCAUCAAAUGGGGUUGUUAUUUCCAAGAAGGUAAGGAAGUUAAGUUGGAAAUGAAGGUAGAAGAUGCAUAUAAGAGGUCUAUUCACACAACAUUGAAUUGGAUACAAGAUACAAUAAAUCCUAACAAGACUCAAGUUUUCUUUCGUACUUAUGCUCCUGUGCAUUUCAGAGGUGGAGAUUGGAAAAAAGAUGGAAACUGUCAUUUGGAAACACUACCAGAGCUUGGGUCCUCAAUGGUACCUAAAGAUAACUGGUCACAGUUCAAAAUUGCCAAUUCUGCAAUAUUAAAACACACAAACACUUCUCAAGUUUUGAAGUUGAAGGUGUUAAAUGUAACAAGGAUGACAGGUCAGAGAAAAGAUGGACAUUCAUCUAAAUAUUAUUUGGGCCCUAAUGAAAAUCCACAUCGUCAAGAUUGUAGCCAUUGGUGUCUUCCCGGUGUACCUGAUACAUGGAAUGAGCUACUUUAUGCAUUGUUUCUCAAAUAUGAAACUUCUCAUAAUUGGAACAUGCAACAUACUACACACUGAGAAUGUGAUAGAAACCCAAAGUUUUUCCCAUUGUGAUUUAGAUAUGAAAAACAAGAACAUAGUGUAGUUAUCAAAUUUUGUUAUUAGUUGAAUUGUGAAUACACUCAUGAAUCAUUAUACAGAUUAAAAUUAGUGUUUUACUUUUUA